CACCAACCUUCGCUCGCUCUUGCUUACGUAACGGGUGAGAGGCGGUGUGUGUCUCGCUGCCAUGCCACACUGCCGAAGCGCCUUAGCUGACCGGUAGCUAUGGGGUGUUCGUGCUGCUCCACGCGCUGCUGGCUGAUCACAGGGAGUGUGGCCGGGGCAGUAGCCUGCCUGCUGGGGGUCAUUCUCAUUCCAGUAGGCAACACUGUGAUUGAGGACACUGUGAAGAAGGAGGCUGUGUUGGAGGAAGGUACUACAGCGUAUGAGAACUGGAUAUCAGCUGGAGCUCCAGUUUAUAGACAGUUCUGGCUGUUUGAUGUGCAAAAUCCUGAGGAAGUCUUAGCGAACGGGAGCAUCCCUCAGCUUCAGCAGAGAGGACCAUACACAUACAGAACACGGUACAUCCCCAAACAAAACAUCACGUUCAGUGAGAACCACACAGUGUCCUUCAUGCUGCCAGCGGAGGCUGUCUUUGAGCCGUCCCAAUCUCAGGGCUUGGAGGAGGACGAAGUGACAUCACUGAACCUCGCAGUGGCUGGUGUUUACAACCUUAUAGAUCAUGCAUGGGCGAACAUGUUCAUUGAGGGCAGCAAAUCAUCCCUGUUCCAGAGGAGGACAGUGAGGGAGAUGCUGUGGGGCUACACUGACCCCAUGCUGAAACAAACUCUGGGAGUGUUUCAUCCAUACAACAACACCUAUGAUGGACCUUACGGCGUGUUCACAGGCAAAGACGACAUCACCAGAGUGUCCAUGAUUGAUACCUGGCAGAAUCAGCCGACAGUGCCGUACUGGAACGACCCUUACUGCAACAUGAUCAAUGGAACAGAUGGCUCUUCCUUCCCUCCUUUCCUGGACAAGAAAAAGGCUCUGUACUUCUUCUCCUCUGACAUCUGCAGGUCGGUAUCUGCAGACUACGAGGGCAGUGUGGAUUUGAAAGGAAUCACUGUGUAUCGCUACAUGCUGCCUGAGCAAACAUUUGCCUCACCUCUAGUCAAUCCGGACAAUAAGUGCUACUGCACCAAUUAUGAAGCCACCAAGAACUGCACCAUGGCAGGUGUUCUGGACAUCAAGACAUGUAAAGGAUCUCCUGUGUUUAUCUCCCUGCCUCAUUUCCUCCAUGGCAGCCCAGACCUGCUGGACACUGUUCAUGGACUGAACCCCAACCCUGAGGAACACUCCACAUAUCUAGAUGUGGAACCAAUCACAGGCUUCACUCUGGGAUUCGCCAAAAGGCUUCAAAUCAACAUGAUGUAUGGUCCAUCCAAGGAAAUUAAGAUCCUUAACAAAGUAAAAGAAAACACAAUGUUUCCUAUUGUGUGGCUGAAUGAGUCGGCAGUUCUUGAUGACCAGACGGCAGACAGGAUCAAAAGUGAACUUUUCGCACGGAUGGAGACGCUGGAGGUGGUGCAGAUAUCGCUCAUAGUGAUUGGUGCAGUAGUGUUUGUGCUGUGUUUGAUUGGAAUAUGCAUACAGGAGCGCAGAAGGCGCAAAAUAAUUGCCUGAGCGAUGUUCCACACAAAUGCUGCUUUUGUAUGAUUUCUGUUUUUCAAUGUAGCACUUUAUAUUAAUUGGGUUAUCUGAAUCGUGUACAGUAAUUUUUGUAUUCUGAAUUAUUUGAAAAGUAUUUGAUCAGGGUUGGUUUGGGAAAAGUUACCUGAUUCCAUUUUGAGCAGUAGCAUUAACAAAAUUUAAGUAUUUCUGAAAUCCAGCUGUUCCUUAUUUCAUAGACAACAUGGUCUGAUCAGGUAACUUUUGACAAAGCAGCUCUAGGAAGCACACUUAAUUCUGUAGCAGGCCAACUCACUCAGCUCUUCUGUUUCUUGGUAAAAAAAAAAAAAAUUUAACUACUAGCCAAAUUAGGCUAACAUCCAUGACGGUUAAACCAGGGGUAUUUGUUCAUUUUUACUCUAUUUUUUCAGUGCUUCUCUUCAGAAUGGACGUGAUAUUGGUGCUGUUUUGUGCAGGUUGGCAAAUUCAAUAAAGGGAAGAAUGUGAAAGUC